AAGAGGGUUCAUCAAUCGAAAUAAGACUCUUUCUUCAGAAAAUGAAGACUAUAUUAUCUUUGUGAGGAAGAAUUACAUCUUGAACCUGAGAAAUCACAUUCCCCAAAAUGUGUUGGACAAGAGUUGGUUGAAGCCUCCUGCCAUCUUGGAAGAUACUUCUGAGAUGCUGAAGAAGAUCUGCACGAGGAACCUGGUGCGGCGGUAUUGUCGGGCGGUGACGCCGCAGAGGAAAGCGCAGAUGCAGGAAAAGGUGGUCACAAGCGACCUGUUCCGAGGGAAGAAGGCCGGCUACCCAGAGAGCCUAAACCAGCCCUUUGCUGAUAGCCGGAUAGAUGAGGCUGCCAUUAAUCCCAAAGUCCUGCAGCUGCUUGGCAGUGAGAAUAUCCAGUAUGGCACACCAGUGGUGAAAUACGACCGCAAUGGAUUCAAGGCGAGGCCACGGCAACUGAUCCUCACCGAGAAAGCGCUGUACGUGGUGGAACUUGCUAAAAUUAAGCAGAGGAUAGAAUAUGAAGCCUUGAACGGUGUCUCCACCAGCAAUCUGAGCGAUGGAAUCUUCGUCAUUCAUGUGUCACCGGAGGAUAUCAAGCAGAAGGGUGAUAUAAUUUUACUGUGUGAACAUAUCUUUGAAACAGUGACUAAACUCUCCAUGAUGGUCAAGAAAGCAGACUUUGUCAAGGUUGUGCAAGGAAGUUUACAAUUUUACAUCAGUUUGGGAAAAGAAGGCACCAUAAUUUUCAAUACUGGACAGGAAGAGCAGAUCUAUAAAGACAAAAAUGGACAGCUAAUAGUGGUGAGUGAUGAUGUGUCGGUCCAGAUGAAAUCCUGA